AUGACCUCGGAAUGGCAACGAUUACAUCAGGUUUGUGUUUUAUCUAUGGUAUUGUUUAUCUAAGAAGAGGUGUUUCUCUUUUGUACUCUUUAUGCUUCAUCUACUUUGUUCAUUGUCAUUUCUGUUGACUCAAAAUGACAAGGUUAUUUAAAUUUUUAAUUUUGGAUGUGAAACUAUCGGGGGGGUACAUAAUUUGAAGGUGUUUUAUUAAUUUUUUGCACCAUGCUAUUUAUCAAAUGGAUCUUUUUGCACCGUGCAAAUUAUAAUAUUUUCUAAAAUUGAUAAAUGUUGAAGUUGAUUUUUGGUCAAGUUAAAGCCAGUUUAAUUUUUUUUAAAUGUUUUAUGGGGGAGUGACACUAAAGGUCGAGAUAACUAGACUAAAUUGGAAUUAUUUUAAUUUAUGUUUUUUACUUGCUAUAAAAAGAUGUUUUUAUAUUUUGAAAUCUUAUUGUUAUCAGGCUGUAACUGCUGUUUGAUUAUGUUUAUUUAACCUCAUAGUUUGUUUAAAGAUACAGAAGGUACUUUUUCUAGUGAAAAAAAGUUUUUUUUAAAUAUUGAACAUUUCAAUUAUAAUAUUCAAAUAUAUAUAAUAGAACGUAAAAAGAAUGUUUUUACUUAUAACUGUUGUAUGUUGCCUGCGAUGAGCGACACAAAGGAUUGUAGAGAGCAAUCUUGACAAGGCGACCUCUGUGUACUAAUAUACGCUAUAUUCUAAAAUUACAGUAAUUAUGUUAUUCCUUUCAGACACAACUGGGUCAAAUGAUAUCAGAGAGUAACAAGUUAACGCCAUUCGAAGCUUUUGCCUAUUGUUUUGGCGACAUCAUUGGGUCUGGUAUCUUUGUGUCACCGUAUCAGAUACUGAAGUUUUCCGGGUCGAUUGGAUUGUCCUUCAUAAUAUGGGUGGCUGGUGCUUUGAUUGCGAUUAUUGGAGCUUUAGUAUAUGUAGAGUUAGGGACAAAGAUACGAAAACCUGGUUGCGACUUUGCCUAUCUUACACAUGCUGGUUGGUAGGUUGUCAUAUUUAUUGCUGUAGAGUAUUAACUACAAAAUGGAGGGUAAUAUCAUUACACUACAGUAGGUAUGUUUUGAUAAAAUAUUAUGAGGUUACAGUAGCUAUGUUAUAGGACGCCCAUAGCAGUGCCGUUCCUAUACGUUAGUUGUUUCUUGAUAUACCCUACGAUCUUAGCGAUACAAACAGUGUCUUUUGGAGCUUAUAUAGUGGAUGGCUUCAAGAACAUAAUGUGUUUGGACGACUACUCUCAGUAUGUUCUGAAACACCUUGUUGGCCUAAUAGCAUUGCGUAAGUACAGUACUGUAACUUUAAUUGUUUUUGAAACAGUUUCAAUAUGUGAUGCUAUGCGUAAAAGGCAACAUUUUCAGCCAUCAUAGGUUUAUGUUAUCUAAGUAAAUCUAAUUUUACAUUAAGCGUAAAUUUAAUAACUAUAACUUACAAUUCAUCGUAUGUUACAGUAGUCCUGGUGUUUAUUAACAUGUUUUCUCUUCGAAGUUUCGCCGGCAAACUUCAAAUAGCCGUGACAGUGUCGAAGCUGGCAGUAAUCUCUCUUAUCUUGCUGGUGGGCUUCUACUAUUUGAUAUUCAAAGGUAGGCACAUCUUCGAGUACCAUGUUUUAGAUAUCAGAUGGCUACAAACACUUCGACAACGCUUUCUUGGGGACAACUUCUGAUCCUGGCGACAUGGGAAUGGCACUGUAUGCCAGUUUAUAUGCCUACAAUGGGUGGGAUAUCCUUAAUUUUGGGACGAAUGAGGUCGAGAAUCCAAGGAAGUAGGUAUAUUAAGGUGAUGAUUUGUUGUUAGAAAGAGAUUUAAAAUUACUGAUAAUAGAUCAGUAAGUUUAGAUGAAAUACGAAACGAUUUCAUCUUAAAGAUGACAGUAUAAUGUCAUGGCGUAAAACAUGUUUUUAGAGCAUUUGUCUCAUAUUGAUGUUAUAAUGAAAAAGUAAUAUGAGAAUUUCAGAAGUUUGCCGAUAGCUGGUCUUGGUGGUAUCUUAAGUGCCGCUGUCUUAUAUGUUGGUAUCAAUGUCGCUUAUAUGGCCGUACUAACAAAAGAAGAGUUUUUGUCGGGUGAAACUGUUGCUGUGGUAGGGUUUGUCACUUUAAAAAUUGUUUUUGUUACCUAAAUUUCUACUUUGCAAAAGUUCAGUUGCGUUUGGAAAGUGGUCAAGAAGUGUGUAGAAUCUUUUUGCAAAUUAGUCUUUGAAAGUUAUUAAGAUAGGAUUAGUAAUGUGGUGUGCGACUGUUUUUAAUUUUGAAAAAUUAAUAUUAAAAUCUUCAGCAAUUUGCUCGUCGUUCCAUGGGAGAUUUCAGUUAUGUUGUGCCAUUUCUUAUCGGCGUCUUGUUUCUCGGCAACCUAAAUACAACUAUAUUUGGGUGUAGUAGAUACGUGUUGGCUGGAGCCAAGACUGGCUACUUUCCGUCUUAUUUGAAGGCCGUGAACCCGGCUUCAAUGAGUCCACGAUGUGCAGUUUUGGCUGAAGUAAGGUCAAGUUAUAUGAUAUAUUAGACUGUUCACAUGAUUCUGUGUCACUAACACAAUGUACAAAAAUGUUUAUAUGGUUCUAAUUUAAUGUGGUAUAGUUUAAAGAGGUUAGGAAAAGCUGUCCACAUGACUGCCAUAGUUUAAAACAAUGUUUUAGCUGAUAGUAGCAGUGAUAAUCUCUCUUGUGGCUGACCUAGAGCAUUUAAUGGGCAUUAUGACAUUUGCCAUGUGGUCACAACGAGCCAUAGUGCAGAUAUGUUUGUUGUGGAUGAGGUACAAAGGCUUCAUAUAUCCAAAAGAUGCCUUUGUCACUCCAAUAUUCAUGCCAGUUCUGUUCUUCUGUAUAUCCAUAGCACUGAUUGUAGUGCCGGCUCUUGAUGUAAGUCUUUACACUGUAAAAUGAGACCCUGUACUCUAAGUUACAAAAUGUAUCUUCUUCGGUACAGUUGUAGCAUCUGCAAGUUGUAGACUACAACGUAUUAAUGUUGCUUUUCAGCACUACUACGUCGCAAUAGCAGCCCCACUACUCAUCCUAUGCGGCUGUUUUGUUUAUUUUGUCGUUCUACCUCAUACGAAUCGACCGUUCCUGGUCAAAAUCGACCAUUACAUGUUGGUACUGUUUCAGAUUUUGCUUAAUGUUGAUGUAGUCGAGAAGAGUGACUGA